AUGUUAGCACGGUGAAGCUCUGCAGUGUGGCACUGUUGUGUCAACAUCAACGUUUUUGUAAUUGUAUUCUUUUGAUUUAUUAGUUUGCAUUCUGGACGCCAGAAAGUAGGGAGAUGGGGAAUAACGUUUCUGUGGAGGAAAUCAGCGCCUGCGAGAGUCAUCAGUGGUACAGGAAAUUUAUGACCGAGUGUCCAUCUGGUCAACUCACCUAUUACGAAUUCAAACAGUUCUUUGGUUUGAAAAACUUAUCACCACGUUCAGAUGCGUAUGUUAAGACCAUGUUUGCAACAUUUGACAUGAAUAACGAUGGCUACAUUGACUUCAUGGAGUACAUAGCGGCGCUCAGCCUUGUGAUGAAGGGAGGGGUGCAACAGAAGCUGCGCUGGUACUUCAAACUGUACGACGUGAACGGGAGCGGCUGCAUUGACCGAGAUGAGCUGCUCAUUAUCAUCAAGUCCGUUCGGGCCAUCCACGGAGAUCAAGAGCAAGACUUGUCAGCUGAGGACUUCACCAACAUGGUGUUUGACAAGAUCGACAUUAAUGGAGAUGGCCAGCUAUCCAUGGAAGAGUUCAUGGAAGGAAUACAGGGUGAUGAGGUACUGCUGAGGACACUGACAGACAGCUUGGACCUUACAAAGAUUGUCCAGAAAAUCCGUGGAGAACUUACAUCUUAACAGUUGUUAAUCCUUUUAAAUACAACUAGAACAACUGUGCCAAAUAAGCAAGAGUCCACACCAUUUAAAUACAGGGACACUGAAGUGUGGUAACCAGGUGCAGCUGCAUCCCCAGAGGCAGGACCAGGUUGGUGAAAUACAAAGUGACUUGGAAUGGGAUUUUCACUCUGUAGGAUAUGUAAGUUCAAAUAUUUUCCAAUAUUAUCAUGAUAGCUUAGAAUUAAUCGCUGGCACUAGUCCCUGCAGUCAGUUUGGAUGCUUUAAAGCAUAUAUCCAUGUAUAUUUUAAGUGCACUUAAUUUUUUUAUUUUAAAUGUUCUUCUGAAAUAUAGAUCUGGGUAUUUUGAUUUAUAAUAUGUUUGAUGAAUUACAAUGAUUUCAAUGAUACAUCUUUAUACUGUGUACUGCAACAUCAUUACUUAGCAUUGGGGCACUUGUGAAGAAGAAACAUUUUAAUACUACAGGAUAUUUUUUUAGCAGGCUUUUACCCAUGAAGACUCUUAGUUGUUUUAAGACUGGCAUUAGAUCUAGAGUUGGAAAAAUGAAAUGUACCAAUGUAAAAUAACUAGAUGUUAACAUUUUCAAUGUUUGGCAAAAGGUAAUAUGUACAGUAUUUCAUAAACAGUACAGUACCCCUGAAAUAAAAUUACAAAUCA